AUGUACCAACCACAAGAUGGCUACCCAUCACGGUCGCCCCCGCCGCUUCAGCAUCCCAUCCCAACACAUCCUCCGUUCAAGGUCCCUGACCCGCCCAUCUCGCCCAACCCUGUUCCUCAAGCUUCCGUCACAGACCCACACGUUUCAUCGGCUCUACGACGAGGAGGACCUGCUGCCAACCUCCAAGCAGCUGCAGGAGGCGGGUACCAACGUUUUGCAUCUCCACCCAUUCAGUCACCUCCAAACCAGUCAGCCUAUGCUUCUUCAUCUUAUGUCUCGCAACAGCCCAACCAAGGCUACUUCCCCGGCACUGGCGCUGCUGGAGCUCAGCAACAGGGCUGGGGUGGUUUCCCUGGCUUCGGCGGUGCAGGCGGACCUCCAAUUAUGAACGAUGCUACCGCACAGAUGGGUGUUCAGUUCGGCCAGCACAUGGCAGCAGUCGGUGGCGAAUACGUCCAAAAGAACUUCAACGCUCUUCUUCCCAUGCCUGUACUCAAGCACUACUUCAACGUCUCCAACUCCUACGUUCUCCAUAAACUUCGCAUCGUCCUCUUCCCAUGGCGUCACAAACCUUGGUCUCGUGCACACCGUCACUCUGCCGGUGGCGGAGGCGUUUCUUCCGCCUACUCAGAGACUCCUUCCGCUGUCAAAACCGCCUCUUCGGGUCAAGAAGGCUACCUUCCACCCCGAGACGACGUCAACUCUCCCGACCUUUACAUCCCCACCAUGGCUUUCGUCACGUACAUCAUCCUAACCAGCGUCAUUCUCGGUCUUGAAUCCCGUUUCCAUCCCGAAGUUCUCGGCCUACGCGCAUCCCGCGCUCUCGCAAUCAUCCUCGUCGAACUAGCCGCCAUCAAACUCGGUACCUACCUUCUCAACAUUCAGGGAGAUCACACAAUGAUGGACCUCCUCGCAUACUCCGGCUACAAGUUCGUCGGUACACUGAUCACGCUUAUGGUGGGAUUGUUGAAGGUGAGGGGCUUGGUGUAUUGGAGCGUCUUCUUGUACUGUUUUGCGGCGAAUGCGUUCUUUUUGUUGAGGAGUUUGAGGUAUGUCGUGUUGCCAGAUCCUAGUUCGCCUUCGAGUCAGACGAUUACACAUGCACAGAGGUCGAGGAGGAUUCAGUUUUUGUUCUGUAUUGCGGUGGCACAGAUCGUGUUCGGCUGGGCUUUGAUUAUCGGCAUCUUUAAGGAUACUCCGCUGACGAAGGCUAUCAAGUCGGUGUAG